AUAACUAUCACUCAAUCAAUUAUUAUAUUUAAUGAUAUCAUCGAUUUUGAUAUUAUAUGCUAGUCAAACUGGCAAUGCUCAAGAUGCUGCUGAAACUUUGCAAAUAGAACUUGAGACUCGGAAUAUUAAGACUAGUUUAUCUGCUAUGGAUGAAUACAAUAUUGAUAAUCUGAUACAUGAAGAAAGCGUUAUUUUUAUAUGCUCAACCACUGGACAAGGAAACGAACCAGAUAACAUGAAAAUAUUUUGGCGCUUUUUAUUAAAAAAAGAUCUUCCAUAUAAUUCUUUGUUAAAACUAAAGUAUAUUAUACUGGGGCUGGGUGACACAUCUUAUUCAAAAUAUAAUUAUGUAGCUAAGAGACUAAAUAAUCGAUUAAAACAAUUGUCGGCAAUCCCACUAUUGCCACUAGAAUUAAUUGAUGAGCAAUCUGAUGAAGGAGUUCUUGAAAAAUGGUUUAUAAAAAUAUGGAAACUUUUUGAAGAAAAUUCAUUUUUAGAUUUUAAAAAAAUGGCUUCUCAAAUAUAUUUAAAACCACAUCUCAAAUAUUCAGUAAUGUAUGUUGCCAAGAAUAAUUUAGCACCCAAUUAUAAAAAUAAAGACAAUAGAAAUAUUUCAAUGUGUGAUAAAUAUUAUAAUUGCUGCAUGUUUAGCAAUAAAAGAGUUACACCUAACAAUCAUCUUCAAGAUGUAAGAUUGUUAAAGAUUGAUAUUUCACAACUUCCUGUACACUUAAAAAACAUCCAACCCUUUGAUGUGCUUUCAUUUCAACCCGAAAAUCGAUCCGAUACUUGCAGUGAUUUUUAUAAAUUUUACGAUUUAAACCCCUGCCAGCUUAUAGAAAUAACCGGUAUUUUACAGCGAGGCUCCAUCUCUAGCAACUCGGAUUUUUUACAAAAAUAUUCUCACGUUCUAGGGCCAUCACGUGAUAGUGGCCUGAACCAAUUGACGAUCGGUGAUUUGGUCAAAAGGUUUUUGAACCUUCAGGGGGUACCUCGUCGUUCUUUCUUCCGAUUCCUGUGUUACUAUGCCCAUACCGCGUUUCAAAUAGCGAAUAAUAUCACGGAUAAUCUCCUCGAGGAAAACCUGAACAUGCUUUCUACCCAGGAACGCAAUAGCAUUCCUAUUGUUGACAUAGACUUUCGUGUAUCAUCAGUUCUAUCGGAACUGAUAAAAAACUCUUUUCAAACCCUUACAUCAUCUGUUCCCCAUUCGAAUCUCCCUGAUUCUAACCAACCACCAUUGCCACCUACCCUCUACAAAACCUAUGCAGAUAGAUUAGAGCUAGAACGAGACAAGCUGAAUCAGCUCUGCUCUCCACUACCUGAUGAUAUAGACGAACUCCUCGCAUACUCUACUCGGCCACGAAGGAAUAUUUUGGAAGUUUUACACGAUUUUCCCGCCACAUCAAGAUGCGUUCCAUUUGAUCAUCUUAUAUCCAUCGUCGGCCCAAUCACACCGAGGGAUUUUUCUAUAGCCGGCGUGAAUUUCUGCCAAGACACUGGCUUAAAUGAACUAGGGCAGGAUGGAAAUAUAAUAGAUAGCGACAUCGAAAAAUCGGUUGAAAUUUUGGUGGCAAUUGUGGAAUACAAAUCUAAGCUACGUGAAUCUCGCAAGGGAACCUGCUCUUUUUGGCUUUCCACUUUAUCUGAAAACACAUUCGUUCCGAUAAAGAUUAAAAAAGGAUUCGUUCAAAUACCUCUAGCGUUUAAAGGUCAUCCUUUCAUAAUGGUAGGCCCUGGGACAGGCAUUGCACCCUUGAGAAUGUUGAUCCGUUCCAGAAUUCAAAAUGGAUUCAAAGAAAAUUAUCUGUUCUUCGGAUGUAGGAACCAAGGGAAGGAUCAAUUUUUUUCUGAUGAAUUUGAAUCUUACUGUCGAACAGGCUUCUUGAAACUUUUUAAUGCCUUUUCUAGGGAUCAAGAUGAAAAAAUAUACGUUCAGGACGUGAUACGGCGAGAAAAUAAACUAGUAUUCAGGUUAAUGGCUAAAAAUGAUGCUUGCUUUUUUAUAUCCGGGCGGUCAAAAUCUAUGCCCGAUGAAGUGUUAAAAUCUCUGGCUUACGCUUUUGAAAUUAACGGGGAUAUGUCCGAAUCGGCGGCUAUAAAUAUUGUCGAAAAAUUGCUGGCCCUUAAACGCAUCCAAAUGGAGACAUGGAGCUGAUCUAAAAAUUUAUUAUGUAAUUAUGCUAUUUGUAGUUUUCACGAUGAUAUUAUAUUCUGUUAAAAUGUGUUAUCCUUGGUAAAAUAUAAUAAAUAA